AUGCGAGUCAUCCUCAACGAGCCUUAUUUCUUGGCUCCACACGGAUUAAUACCAGCACCACCAGCACCACUACCAGCACCGCCACCACCACCAUCGCCACCACCAAUAUCAAUCCGAAUAAUCUCAGGCGGUACUUCCCAAUACCAUUACUAGAAUGUUGUCUCCCGUAGCGGUGCAUUGGUUCUUGCGAUAAGAAUGGAUCAGUGGUAGCGUUGGCACUGAUUGGUGCUGAAUCUUC